UUUGGUAAAAGAAUUACCCACUGAAUCACUUAAAUUAUUAGAAGAAUCAAUAGCUAUAAAUUCGACAGCAUUUGAAGGUGAAACGUUGGGGGAUGGUAAAAUAAAUUUUGUUGGUUCGAAAAUUGAUGCUGCUUUAUUGAGUUUUCUUUAUGAUUUAAAUCUGGAAAACUAUAAAUCAUUAAGAGAGUCUUCUAAAAUUCAACAGAUUUACCCAUUUGGUUCUGAGCGUGCCAGUGAAGUUUUGCUUAAAAACGCAACAAAAACAAUUAAACUAACCAAUAAAUUAGCAUUUGAUAGUGAUGCUUAUGUGGUUGAUUUAGUAUAUGGGGAUAAUGAAAUGCUUCAUAAAAUAAUAGAUCAUUAUGCCACCCAAAGUUUAACAACUAUUGCUCUAGCUUAUCGUGAUUUUGAUGAAUGGCCACCAAAAAACAUGGCUGCUGAUGAUGGGUGUGAAGUUAAAUUUGAAAAUUUGACAGAAAAUAUAACAUUGAUAGGCAUAAUGGGCAUUGAGGAUCCAUUAAGAUCUGGUGCAAGACAUUAG